GCUGAAACGUUUAAUUAUUAUAAAUGUUGGUUUUAACAAAAUUUUGCAUAGCCUUGUAUAUGUCGGUAAUAUUUUUAGUAAAUGCCACGGACUAUUGUGAUCCGAAAUUCUGUGAAAAUAAGAGUCAUACUUUGUGUAUUUUUAAGCAUGACGGUCCUGCUCCUAAUUGUUUGAACUAUGAAAGAUUCAUUAAAAGUGACAAAGAUAAGGAGGAAAUAGUUAACAAAAUUAACAGUCGAAGAAAUAAAGUUGCAUCUGGUGAUAUACGCUCGUUGCCAUCAGCAAGUAAUAUGAUGAAAGUGAAAUGGAAUGAAGAACUAGCAAUAUCAGCACAGCGUUGGGCUGACCAAUGUGAAAGCGGUCCGGAUUUAGCCGACUCGUGUAGAAAUUUAGAAAAUACUCCAGUGGGGCAAAACAUAGCUACACUUUAUGGUGAGGCAGCAGAUGUCAAACCGUCUACUCUGGUUGAUUUGUGGUACAUGGAGCUUUUGCAUAUAAAUCCUGCUAUAAUAUCUAACUACCAACCAUCAUCGGCAAGACAUUUAAAACGUCAUGACUAUUUCACACAAUUGGUUUGGAGCGAAACCACGGACGUAGGAUGUGGUGCGGUUAAGUUUCAGGAACGUUUUCCAGGGAACUUAAAUAAAAGUAGAACAGUUUACCGUUUGGUUUGUAACUUUAUGCCAUGUGGAAAUAUUGAAGGUAAACAUGUAUACAAUGAGGGACCUCCAUGUACUUCGUGUGGGCUGAAUGUUAAGUGUGAUUCGACUCAUAAAAAUUUAUGUGAGCAGCGAAAUGAAGUAUUUAAAAAUAGAAUAGAUACAGAAGAAACAAAUUAUAGACUUAUUUUAAACAAUACACAAAUAAACAAAUUAGAAAAUGCAACAAACGUGAAAAACAGUUCACUGAAUGAAGUAACUGAAUCAGAAACAGGUGUCGAUAGUGAUAUUACAUUGGAUUUAUUUUCCUAUUUAUUCAAUAUAAAUGAAAAUACAACAACUCCCCAUACUGAAAUUACAAGGUUAUGUAAAGAUGUAUUAUUUGUUGAUGAAUUUAUGGACAUACUAAGAAAGAAACUGAGUACAGAUAAUGUAUUGAAAGAAAUGUUAAUGUCUACUAAAACACCGCAAAGUGACAUGCAAUACUCUGAUGCGAAAGUAGAUGCAAUUGUUAGUAAAAUUUAUAGUCAAAAAACUACGCCUACAACUACAAAAUCAACAGUUAGUGAAAGUAUAAAUUCUACAUUGCUUGUGGAUCUAGUUGAAGCUGUAAUUUUUAGAAGUCGAGACAAAAUAUCAACAAUUGAAGAUGUCUCUUUACUAUCAGAUGCAUCAAUUGAUGCUAGAACAGUUCAAAUGCAAGCAGAAUUAGCUGAAACGCGACAAAAUCAAGAAUUUACUGGUCACUAUUUCUUUCCUGAAGAAGAAGAACACGAAGAAAAUGUUAAAGAACACACAGAACCUUACUAUGAUUCUUCUGUCGUACCAAUAUCGGAAAUAGAACUAGAAAUUGAAGAAUUAAAGAGAAACAGGGGAACAAAAGAUUUUAUCGAUGACAUCCUAGAGACUGAUCUCUAUACAGAAAGAACGACACAAAACAAUAUUAUGACCUUUGAUGAUAAUAAAGAAUCUGCAAGAUUGAUAAAUAAUAAUAAUGAAGACGCAAUUAACCUCUGGAAACAACCCAACGACUAUGAUCCCGGAUCAGCUACAAAAUCUAAAAGAGAAGUGAAAGCGAAUGCGAAGAUAAAAUUCCAUAAGAAAAGCUUAAGAAACAAUGAUGAUGUGUUGAUAAACUAUAACGAACUUAUAAAAAUCUUAGCAUGGGAUUUAAAAGAUUUAAAGUUGAAUGAGAAAUUUCACUGCAGUUGUAAUUUAGGUUCGACCUUUACUUUCACUCGUUUAUUCAUGAUCCUGUUAAUUGCAAUAAUGAACUUAAAUUAAACGUCAU